AUGUUUCUCUGGAGUCUAGGACUGUGUGCGGUUGUUUUAGUUUGGUGUAUCUCCGUUUUAUGGUGUGAUGUUCAAAGUGCAUCUUUUUUGCAGGAAAAAGGUUCAAUUAUGGAGGUGGUAUUCUUUACUAAUUUUUUCGCUUGCAUUGUUACAACUGCUGCUUGUCUGUUGCUGAGAGUUACUUCAUGGAGUGAUUUGAAAUAUAUUGCAGUUUCACUUUAUGAAAAUACAUUAACAUGGAGGCUUCUUUUAUCGGUUGCUUGUGUUAAUGUUUUAGCUUUAUCGUUAAUGUUUUCUAGCUUUACGUUGGCUGGCAUGACACAUGCAUAUGCAGUGAAAACUACUGAACCUCUCUUAAUGUGUCUCCUUUCUACAGAAUGUAUGCAAAGGGGAAUACGACGGAUUUUGGACAAGGGAAGAACCGGUAAAAACCUUCAUGGUGAGGAGGAAGAUUAUCCCAUAUCGACAAAGAUUAUCACAAUAGAUACCUGGUUCUCUGUUAUGCUUGUUUGCAUUGGUGCUUUUUUGACUUCCUCUUCGUUAAAACGGACUACUACAGAUCAUUCUUUAAGUUUAACUACCCUUAUGUUUGCCUAUUGUCUUAUAUUUGCCAGUAAUGCUGCUUUAGCAUUAAGAACAACUCUAAUGAAACCUUUAUUGCAUUUAGUUCCAGAUUGUGGUGUUGUGUUAGCUUCUUGUGCAAUACAUAUUUUUAUGUCAUUAUUAGGUUCACUGAUAUUAAUGGUACCAACUUUCUUGAACAAAGGAAAAUACAUAGUGGAGUAUGACAAGGAAACUUGGAAACGAAUUGCUGUUAUUGGAGCAAGUUAUGGUGUCUAUCAGUUUUGCAACGGAAUGGUUUUAUUUAAUGUUAUACCUUUGGCUUAUAGCAUUUUAAAACAAAUUCGAGUUGUAAUAAUUUUUUUUUUCUCUGCUUAUUAUUUUGGAAAAGAGUUUGAAAGCGUACUUCAACUUGCCGUAGGACUCACAUUUUUGGCUAUUGGUAGUUACCGUUAUGCCGCACAUUAG